UACAUUUUCCAGAACGCCUUAGUGUCAUCGCAAGCGGUUGCUGUCAAACACGAAAGCCAGCGGUGAGAGUCACAGGUCUCAUCAUGCAGCAGUUAGUCGACAUUCUGAAAUGGUUUGGAGUUGAGGCGAGUGGAUGGUCUGUGUCUGUGUGCCUUUUUCUGCUGUUCCUCAGCCUCCUUUACUGGUACUCCAUCUCCCCUUACUCUGUCUUGGAACGAUGUGGCAUCAAUCACCCAAAGCCCUCUCCGUUUUUUGGGAACCUCAUGAUGUUUCGAGAUGGUUUCUUUAAGUCACAAUCUGACCUAAUAAAGAAAUACGGACUAAUUUGUGGUUAUUAUAUAGGCCGGCGGCCUAUAGUGAUCAUAGCAGAUCCAGAUAUGCUCAGACAGGUGAUGGUGAAGGAAUUCAGUAAGUUUCCCAACAGAAUGACUGUCAGGGGCACGACUAAACCCAUGAGCGACAGUCUGGUCAUGCUGAAGGGCGAACAGUGGAAACGAGUGCGCAGCAUCCUCACACCUACCUUCAGUGCUGCCAAGAUGAAAGAGAUGGUUCCCCUCAUCAACACGGCCACAGAGACGUUACUGAGAAACCUGAAGAGCCACGCUGAGUCCGGUAACAGCUUCAACAUCCACAAGUGUUUCGGCUGCUUCACAAUGGACGUAAUUGCCAGUGUGGCGUUUGGUACGCAGGUGGACUCUCAAAACAAUCCCGAUGACCCUUUUGUGCACCACGCCUCCAAGUUCUUCGCUUUCACUUUCUUCAAACCCCUCAUGAUUUUCUUCAUGGCGUUUCCAUUUCUGCUUCAGCCUCUUGCUGGUCUGCUUCCUAAUAAAUCAAGAGAUGAGAUGAACAGCUUCUUUAUCCAAUGUAUUCAGAAGAUGAUUAAACAGAGAGAUGACCUUCCCCCAGAACAGCGGAGGCGAGACUUCCUGCAGCUGAUGCUGGAUGUCAGGGCCAGCAGCAAGUAUUUGUCUUUGGAGCACUUUGAUGUGGUCAAUGACGCCGAUGAACAGGCUUGCACCGAACAGGGGAUGGACAACGGACAGGAAAACGGACCAGGAAACGAGUCCACCAAGCGCGCCCAGCAGAAGAGAAUGAUGACGGAGGAUGAGAUUGUCGGUCAGUCCUUCAUCUUCCUGUUGGCCGGCUACGAGACAAGCAGCAACACGCUAGCAUUCGCAUGCUACCUGUUAGCGCUCCAUCCAGAGUUCCAGAAAAAACUCCAAGAGGAAGUGGAUGAAUUCUUCAGCAGACAUGAUACUGCAGAUUACUCUAAUGUCCAAGAGAUGAAGUAUUUAGACAUGGUUAUAUGCGAGACUCUCAGACUCUACCCACCAGCGUUCAGGGUUGCACGGGAUGUUGAUCAAGACACUGUGGUGAACGGCCAGCUUCUGCCUAAAGGAUCAUCUCUGGAAAUACCUGCAGGUUACCUUCACUAUAACCCAGAGCACUGGACCGAACCUGAGAAAUUCAUCCCGGAGAGGUUCACUCCAGAAGCCAAGGCCAGCCGGCACCCGUUUGUGUAUCUGCCGUUUGGAGCAGGGCCACGCAGCUGUGUAGGCAUGAGACUGGCCCAGCUGGAGAUUAAAAUGGCUCUGCUUCACAUAUUUAGGCGGUUUAAUGUGAUGGCCUGCGAGGACACUGAGGUUCCUCUGGAGUUGAAGUCGCACACCACCCUCGGACCCAAGAAUGGUAUUUUGGUCAAAAUCACCAAGAGGGAGAAUUUUGAGGAUGAGUCCUGAUAGAUUUUAGUGGUCAGCUGGACAGUCUGAUUCUAAUCAAAUUAUUUAGAAAUCUAAACUCUUAUUCUGGAAUCACCUGACGACUAAAUCAUAUGCAUCUGUGCUACUCAUUUAAAUUAAAUGCAAUUCAACACUAUUCAUUUACGACUAAGGCACAGAUGUACACAGAGCAAUGCAUCACACAGUACAUAAUGUGGAUAUUAUUCUAGUGAACACUAUCAGCCUUUAUAUUUCUCAUCUCAGAUCAGCAACAUAAGAGUGAUCAUUACUAUAAGAAACCACCCAGAUGACUAACAGCACAUAUGCACAUUUUGUUACUAAAGCCAAUGAAAUGUAAGUCCCUGCAAUGUAAGUAAAUACAACAAAUUAUAUGGAAGAAAAUCAGUUUUGAUUUAGAUGUAAAUGAUUUGAUAGAAGGAACUGGGAUUGGACACGUCUUGCCUUAUUGCCAGCGAGAUAUUUGAACUUCUGAUGAUUACGCUGUUAUUUGACAUAUUUUAUAUUACAUUAAGCUGCAAUGAAGUUCCAGAAUGAUGUGAUUUUUAAGGUUUGGGUGUACAGAUUGUGCUACAAUGUGAUUGUUUACUCAGGGUAUGAACUGUAUAAACACUAAAUGAUUUGAAAUCAAAAGUAUUACUUAAUAAAUGGUUUAUCAGUCAGAAUAUAUGUAGUUAUCUUCAAUUAUACAUUUCAUUUAAUAUCAAGCAUCUUAGAUUAACACAUCAAAGGAAUGUAUAAAUGUUAUGAUUUCGGGAGCUUUAAACCACAGAGCUUUUAGAGGUUUGAUUAACAGAAGAACUCUUUGAGAGCUAGUCUUGGUAAAUAAAAAUCUAGCGUAGCGUUAGUUCUGGCAGGUCACGUUAGUCAAG